AUGGAGUCAUUGGUUGCAUUAGAAAGCAUGAAAGAAUAUUUUACUUAUCCCUCUCAUAAUUGUUUUGUCAUUUUCAAACCAAAGUGGAAGAAGGAUCAUGGACCAAAGAAGCCAGUUUUCACUGUGUGUGACGUAAGCCCUUCACAAGAACCAAACCUCUGGUUAAGAAGUCUCGAAAUUCAUGUUAAAAACGCAACAAGGGUCGAUGUAACAUUAAAAUACGCCGUUUCUAAAUGCACUAUGAUCAAGCAUUGCAAGGACAACUUACAAUUAUUCGUGCAUAAAACAUCGUGGAAGUAUGGUAACUUACAGAACAAGGUCCCGGAACCCAAUAAAAAUAUUGAAUCAUAUCAAAACUUUGGAACCACAAAACCAAGAUCCAUCUCUAAAGAUCUCGAUAAGCCCGAAUUAAAUAACGAGACAUACUCCUUCUUCACGAAUCGUUCAACACCAUACUACUACCUUGCCAUUCGAUACCAAGGAGGAUGCUUUCGCUUGUUCGAAGUGGUCUUGAGCUAUUCAUUUUGUUCUUCUAUGGCUUUGUCAUCAAAUCUUGUUCAUCUAACUGAAACGAUUGCACCAGCUAACGGAACAAUACAGAUUGGAGGAUCUUGUGCUCAAAACGCUCAGCCAUUGGCUGAUAAUAUGACCUUGUAUGGAAAUUGCAUGGCUAAUGGUGAAUGGAGUAGUCACGCAAUAGGUGGUGAAUGCUUGUGUAUGGCAGGGUUUGGAAAGUACUUAAAUGGAACCAGUGCAUCUUGUAAAAGUAAGUGCGGAAAAUACUUUCCCUAUUAG